ACACAUCUCCAUACACCUUAACAAUGCAUGGUUUGUAGAACCAAAUAUUCCGGCAUCCUCAACAUUCAUUAACGGCCAUAUCCUAGCUUCAUAUAUUGGCCAGAGCUUUUAGUCUAAAUCAUCCCAUCCUCACCACUCUUUCACAGCCAUGCCCUAACUCCAUAUAUUGUCCAUGGUUUUUAGUUUAAAUCAUCCCCCAUAUCCUCAACAUUCUUUCAAAACCAUGGCCUAGCCACACAUAAUGUCCAUGAGUUCCUAGUCUUUGAUCAGUAUUGUUCAUCUGUUGGAGAGUUUGUUGUGUGUGAUUAAGGAUGACAACCAUGGAAAUGGACAUGUAUAAAAUGGUGGUGCAGGAGAACGGCGAGGUCACAUACCAGCUGACCGACCCGACGACAUGGGGCGCGUGGGCUCACGAUGGGCACCGACUGUGGGCGUCCAUGCCAGAAGACUUCUGGCUAUACGAGUACAAGGUGCGGAUGUGCCCGCAGCCGUACAGCCACGACUGGACGGCGUGCCCCUACGCGCACAAGGAAGAACGCGCACGCCGCCGUGACCCGCGUCGCUUCAACUACAUCGCCAUCUCUUGCCCGGAGUACCGCGUCAAUGCGCGUACGCAUGCGCAGCUCCGGCUCGCCGGUGCCGGGCACCCGCCGCCGACCUGCACGCGCGGCCUCAGGUGCCGCUUCGCACACGGCGUAUUCGAGCUGUGGCUGCACCCAUCCCGGUUCCGCACACGCAAGUGUGAUGCAGGCACACGCUGUCAACGCCAGAUCUGCUUCUUUGCGCACUUCACCCGCGAGCUCAGGGUUGAGGACUCCAUGGCCGCCUUCACCGCUCCAGCGGUGCCAUCUUCGACCUUUGCCAUGCCGCGGACGCCGCCCCACAUCCUCCAGCGUGCUCCAUCCACUUCGGUGACGCGUCUGCAGGAUGUUCCAACUCCACAGCUGUUCGACGACGUCACCCUGCAGGCCACUCCAAAUAGGCUUCGCAUGCUGAGCCUAUACUAUGCCAUCACUGGGGACGAUGUUUUCUCCUCCCCCAUCGCCACUGCCACCGCUGCCGCCGUCGCCGCUGCUGCGACCACCAUGCCGACCAUGAGGGUGCCCUUAAUGGCGUACGAGGAGGAGGAGGAGGAGGACGCUAAAUCCGUCCACUAUGCGAACGACGAAGACUCCCUGCUGAACGACUACCCACACCGAGAUCUCAUCAUGGACUUUAUGCGCUAGGUAUCCGAGGUAUGACAAUGAAUAAAUCUCUGGACAGCAGGCCGAGUCGAUCCUGGAGCUAGUGUCAUUGUGCAUGGGCGCCAAGUGGCGGUAGUCGGUCCUAGGAGCGUCCCUAUUGUUGAUUAUUGUAUUGUUAUAUUAUUAUUUUAGCCGUCGGGCAAAUGUGUAAUAUUUCCCUAAGCACCUAUAUAUAAUUGUUUUGUCAAA